GCCUGGAAACAGGUUUGAACAGCUCACAGUAACUCACGCGCGACGCACGCAAACUCUUCGCUCGCGUUUCAUAUUUGUUUUGAUUACCGCAGUGGCUCGAUUUGCUCGGGGUCCGUGUUGUAACGAUACGUUUACCACCGCACUUCCCGAAAAGUUUUUACUGGAGUAAGAUCCCGUUUGUCCGGAUAAAUCAACAAAGAGCGCGGGUGUCGCUUGCGGUCGAGCGCGCGGUGACACAGCGCUGAAGACGAUGGCCGCCGCGAUUUUCCUGCUCGCUUUGGGAAUAGUGGGAGUGCGCGGACAGUACGGCGAGCGCGGAAUGUCGGUGCCCGAGCACGGCUUCUGUCAGCCCAUCACCAUUCCGCUGUGCACGGACAUCGCCUACAACGAGACCAUCAUGCCGAACCUGCUCGGGCACACGAACCAGGAGGACGCGGGGCUUGAGGUGCACCAGUUUUACCCUCUCGUCAAAGUCCAGUGCUCGCCGGACCUCAAGUUCUUUCUGUGCUCCAUGUACGCGCCCGUGUGUACGGUUCUGGAACAGGCGCUGCCGCCGUGCCGCUCGCUGUGCGAACGCGCGCGUCAGGGCUGCGAGGCGCUCAUGAAUAAAUUCGGGUUCCAGUGGCCGGACAGUCUGGCGUGCGAGUCGUUCCCGGUGCACGGCGGCGAGCUAUGCGUGGGUCAGAACACGUCCGAGAGGAGCGCGCCCAUCAACCCGACCCCAGACGUGAUAUUACCCACACCCGAGCACGUCACAAGGGGGCAUUUCAAAUGCCCGGCGACCCUCAAAGUGCCCCCGUACCUCAACUACCGCUUUCUGGGCGAGGAGAACUGCGCCGCGCCUUGCGAACCCAAGAAGCUUCACGGGAUGAUGUACUUUAGCGAGGAAGAGCAGAAGUUCGCGCGCAUAUGGAUCGGGAUCUGGUCCGUCUUGUGUUGCGCGUCCACUCUGUUUACGGUUCUGACGUAUCUGGUGGAUAUGAAGCGCUUUAGUUACCCGGAGAGACCCAUCAUAUUCCUGUCCGGGUGUUACACCAUGGUCUCCAUCGCCUACAUCGCCGGGUUCCUGCUGGAAGACAAAGUGGUUUGCAACGAGAAGUUUGACAACGAGUUCCGAACUGUAGUGCAGGGUACCAAAAAGGAGGGAUGCACCAUACUCUUCAUGAUGCUGUACUUCUUCAGCAUGGCAAGCUCCAUCUGGUGGGUCAUCCUGGCGCUUACCUGGUUCCUCGCCGCCGGGAUGAAAUGGGGCCACGAAGCCAUCGAGGCGAACUCGCAAUAUUUCCACUUGGCGGCGUGGGCCGUCCCGGCCAUCAAGACCAUCACCAUACUGGCCGUGGGUCAGGUGGACGGAGAUGUCCUGAGCGGCGUGUGCUUCGUGGGCACCAACAGCGUGGACGCGUUGCGCGGCUUCGUCCUGGCACCGUUAUUCGUGUACCUCUUCAUCGGCACGUCGUUCCUCCUGGCCGGGUUCGUGUCGCUCUUUCGCAUCCGAACCAUCAUGAAGCACGACGGCACUAAGACGGAGAAACUGGAGAAGCUGAUGGUGCGCAUCGGUGUCUUCAGUGUGCUGUACACGGUACCGGCCACCAUCGUGAUCGCCUGUUAUUUUUACGAGCAGGCCUUCCGGGACCAGUGGGAACAGACAUGGACCGCUCAGUCAUGCAAGACGUACGCAGUGCCGUGUCCAGGUCACAAUCCUCAGAUGAAUCCGGACUUCACGGUGUUCAUGAUCAAGUAUCUGAUGACUCUGAUCGUGGGCAUCACUUCAGGGUUCUGGAUUUGGUCCGGGAAGACUCUCAAUUCAUGGAGAAAGUUUUACACGAGACUGGCGAACACUAAACAAGGAGAAACCACUGUGUAAACAUUCAUGUUUUCUGAUGGAUACACAAAACUCUUUACAGAUGUACUGAAGUGUUGUAUAUAAAUGUGAUUUUGUAUUUAAGACUCAACUUGGAUUUCAAUCACUCGUGUUUUUUUUAUAUAAAAUCAGAGGAACUUUUUUGGCUGAACAUUGUUUUGCAGAUUAUUUAUACCGUUUUUUGGAAGUUUUCUUGGAAUAUUCUGGCUCUCGUGGGGAUACUUUUUUAAGCCUCUAUGUGGUUUAUAUGUAAAACUGAUUUUUCCCCUUCGUCAGUAUUUCAAUGGGAAAAUAUUCACGUGUUGCUAAUACUGCUUGUGAAUUGUGCACCAGCACUUCAGGCCAUGCCAUUGAAACAAUUCGGCUUUAAAUUAAAGCUUUAUGUUUCUGGGUGCAGAUGAAUUAUUGGACUGGAAUAUUUUAUGGAGGGUAAGACUUUAAUUUGGAAAAAGGAGUUAGAACACAAGUACCCGUAAGUACCCACGGUUAACAUGGCUGAUGUUUCUAGCUGUUGAUGAAACUUAAGUGCCUUCAUUUUGGAAUAAUUUUUAUUUGGACCGCAAUUUGCGUCAAAUCUGCACUUAUUUCUAACUCAAUGAAAUAACACAAUUCUUUCUGGAUGUGUUUUCCUCGGACUGUAAUGAACUAUGAUGAUGUUUUAAAAAUUCUUGUUGGUUUAAUGUGCCUCUUUUGCACAGAAAUGACUCUGAACAUACAGCUAGAACUGAAUGGACUGUGUUUCAAUGAACCACACAAAUAAUUUAAUAUUAGGGAUGCACCGAUACAAAAGUCCUGUGCCAAUACCGAUAUUCAUUUAUUUAGAAUGACGUCUACAGAUACCGAUACAUACCGAUAGUUUUGCUUUGGGGCAUAACGAUUCAUUGCAACUAAUCGUUCGCAGAAUAAAAGUUUUUGUUUGCAUUUUAUAUAUAUAUGUACGUGUUUGUACGCAUGUAUAAUAUUAUAAUGUAUAAUGUUAUGUAUAUAUAAAUACACACGUACAUGUAAAAUUUUAAG